UCGCCGUUUUCUGAAGCCAUGGCUGGGAUGCCCACCAGCUUCGCAUCCAAGCCUGCCAUCCUAUCCCGGCCAACCGCCAAAACGACGCCGUUCCCGUUCCCGUUCUCACAGUCCAACCUCUUCGGCCUCCGCUUUAAUAACCUUUACCCGUUUAACUCCAGCUCCUGUAGCUCUCUCUCCUCCGCCGUCAGCAGCCCCGUCACCGCUCGUUUCGGCGGCGGGGGGCCCCGCAGGUCGAGUAAUGACCGCCGGAAGCAGCAGAGCGAUGCCGAGGAUGACGAUAAAGCCCUUGAUAUCUCCACUAUCAGGUCAGCUUCGGUGAGGCUUAUUGAUCAGAAGCAGGAAAUGGUUGGAGUGGUGUCAAAAAGCGAGGCGAUUCGGAUGGCCGAUGAGGCUGACCUUGAUUUGGUAAUAUUGUCUCCAGAUGCAGAUCCUCCUGUUCUCAGGAUUAUGGAUUACAAUAAAUAUCGGUAUGAACAACAAAAGAAGAAAAGAGUGUCCCAAAAGAAAAGUGCAGCCAGUCGCAUGGAUUUAAAGGAACUCAAAAUGGGUUACAACAUUGAUCAACAUGAUUAUUCUGUACGUAUGAGAGCUGCCCAGAAGUUUCUCAAAGAUGGUGAUAAGGUCAAAGUUAUGGUCAACUUGAAGGGUCGGGAAAAUGAGUUCCGAAAUAAAGCUAUCGAGCUUCUCAAACGCUUUCAAAGUGAAAUUGGGGAGCUUGCAACAGAGGAAGCCAAAAGUUUUAGCGACAGAAACAUGUUUAUAGUUUUAGUUCCAAACAAGGCUGUUCUCCAGAAAGCUCAAGAGCCGUCAAAGAAAAAGGAGAACCCUCAAGUGAAUGAAGUGUCAAGUGUCUGAAUGGACUCAAAGUUUCAUGCAGGUUUAACAAAUGUAAAAUUCAGUGCCAUUUCAAAGGAGGAAAAGUAAAAAGAAUCAAGUGGCAUCAUCAUAGUUCUUCAAACUAGGUUGGGUGGGUAUCUCUGAGGUUGUGUAUAUCAUUAGUGUAAUACAUGUAUUAGAGUGUUAACUGUUUUUUUUUUUCAAUCAAGGGCUCAAAAGUUACCAAGUUUUGUAGAUCGUACUUUGAAUAACUUAAUAGUUUCUAUCUGAAGCUAAAUAUAUGUAAUCAAAUAUGUUUUGACAAAAAGAAGGUCAUCC